GUUCACAAACAGUAAAAAUGGAAAAGUCUGUUAAACUGAAAAUCAAAAGAUAGUAAUAAAACGAUGUCAGGUGUCUUCAUUCAGUUGGCCUUCUUCAACUCCACCCAACGAUAAAUAGAACCUCCACGACGUCGCUUUGGAUCUUCUCUCUGUCGGAUGGAGUGUAAGGCAGAAACGUAGAAAGUUUCUGCCCUGUUGAUUCUGCAACUCUGCUUCUUCUUCAUUCCUCAGCUUCUUCCUUGUUCAAUACAGGUAAUCAAUUCCCCCUUGUCUCUAUAAACUUUGUAUGAUCCAAUUAGAGGUGAAGUACUGCUGCGAUUGGGUUUUCCGAUCACCAAGUAGCUAGCUAGAUCACGGUUCAACAGUUCGAUCUGUGCAUUUGUGGCUGAUCAGUAAUUUGUAUUCUGAUCUGUUCUUACUCGCUGCAAUUUGUUUGUUGAUUGGGCUCUUCUAGGUUCUUUUUUCGAUCAGUGCUCAUCCUUGUGGGGGCAUGGUUGGUGGUACUGAUUCGAGUCCUCUUGCUUCAGAACUACGGCUGGGUGUUUAAUUGUUGCUCUUCUCAUUGUAAUCUGGUGGCUAAAAAAUGUAAGUGGGUUAUGAACAUUUACCAUUGUUCCUCACUAGCAGUCGAUAUCUGUACAAAGCUGAUUCGACUCACAAGUGUUUGAAAUUAUGCAUUAGUGAUCUUGAUUCAAUGGUAUCCAUUUCUGAGUGUUGAGUUUUGGCUGCUUCACUCUGUAUGUCUUUAGGAUCUUUGCAAGUCAAGUGGAUGCUUAUAUUGAAGUCUUUAAUCUGUCAUUUACACCUCGAGGGAUCCCUAUUGGUACGUUGUUUUACAUUGGAGGACCUCAAUAGAUCACUUCCACAGACUAUUACCAUAUUGGAAAAAGCUGCAACUUUGGAAACAAUGUAGGUAGGCUGAAAAGAUCAGAAUGUGUUGAGCCUCAUCGGGAUAAGCGUGUUCCUGAUGGUGAUCUGGAGGCUGCAACAUACAACUAAACAUCGUAUUACGUAUACUUUGCUUUAUAAUUCUUUCAGUAGUAAGAAAAAAAUGGCUCCUCUUACAACGUAACUUCAAUACGAAGUUGGACAAACCAGCUUGUUUUCUGCAUAUGGUAAGGAGAAGAAAUUGUCUGAAUCAUUAUGCAUUUGCUGGUCUGUGGUGCUAUAAUUACAUGAUGUAAUUUGUUUUUGAUUUUUGCAUACAUAUAUUCCGAUCCUGAUAUCCCACAGAUUUUAACUCAGAGAUGCUGAGAAAUUUGAGUGUGUCGUUGUGCAUGUAAUGGCGCCGGUGUGGGCCUGAUCUGUUAUGUUCUUGUUAAAACGCCCAGAUUAUUAGUUUCUCAGUGACAGAAUCAUAAUUCAUAUGACUACGAUUUUGCAGGGUCUCAUUACUCUCAUGUUUCAACCCAGAGCAAUGUACAUAGGAUUCGUCAUAUUGUCGUCAUGAUUCGAUCAGGUAAUCAAGCCUUAUCUAGCUACGAAUUUUGUCCAGGCAUUACGAUCAAGUACAUUUUAUCCUGAGAGUCAAUGAUAAAUAAAUCCUCGAUUAUUGCUUAGAUCAAGACAAUCGGAGAGGGUGGGGCUGUUGAGGAAACCGUACAUCAGGGUGACAAUUGUCAAAAAUUGAAGCUGCAGUGAACGAAGAGAAAAAAUCCCAAAUUACACUAGUCAGUAAAAACAAUUCUCAAAAUACAGUACUUAUGAAAAUAUUUCCCAAAAUACAACAGUUUGGGAAUCACCGCUGCGGACCAAGACAGUGAAUUGCAUCACCGCUGUUGACAAAAAACGGUGAAGGGUUCACCGUUUUUUACAAAGACGGGGAAACUAUCACCGCCUUUGCUCAAAACGGUGAAACCUUCACCGUUUUGUCAAAAACGGUGAACCCUUCACCGCUGUCGUACAAAAAGGGGAAGUGGCGCGGAUCGCUGACGUGGACAAGUGCGGGCACUUCAUCAUUAAUCACAAAAGCGGUGAUAGCCCGCGCUUUCUACGUCAUCGAUCUUUGUCGUUCGCGUGCUUCAGUUUCACCGUCAGAUGCGGUGAAGCGCGGAUUCUGGUUUUUCUCCCAGAUCCGACGCCUCAAACCAAGCCACGUCAGCCAUCCGCGCAUUUCACCGCCCUCGAGAAUCGCAGGGAAUGCUUCACUGCUUUGGACCAGAGCGGGGAAUGCUCUAUGGUCCCCCUAUAAAUACCACCCCAUCCCCCUCAUUCCAACCCACACCACCACUUUUAUACUUCUUUCUCCCUCCAUUAUUUCCCUCUAGUCUGGUUCUAAGUAUGCUUUGUGGUUGCGGCUGAGUCCGAUCUUCCACAUAAGAAAGAAUUAAUAUAAAUUUUAUUUUGUUUUAAAUCUUUUGCUCUAAAGUUUCGUUGAUACUCUCUCCAGCUUUUCGGCAAAAAAUGGACGAAGAGGCUCUGAGAGUACGGAUUUUUUUUUCCACCUUUGUUGAUUUUUUUUAAAUGGGUUUGAAAUAUUAUAAUUUCAUUUCAUAUUUGUUUAUUGAUGGGUGCUGAGAUAUACGACCCUCGUUUGUAUAUCGAUCCUGGCCCAAGGGAUCGCAAAUAUUUAAGCGAGCAAGAACAACAUCGCUCCCGUGCAAUUUGGGACAAUAAUCCGGUAGACACUCUGUCUAUACCGUAUAAAUUUUUAAAUUAUUUGAAUAGGUUAAAAGUUUUUGGUUUGUUUUUUUUUUCUAACAACAUUGUAUUUUUUGUUUUGUUUUUUGUUUUGUAGGACGGGAUUGGCAUCCUCGUCUCGAGCCCUAUCUAGAGAGGACGGGAUUGCACAUGCUGAGGCAUUUCAUGCGGCUUGAUAUCGACAACGAUUUGCUUACCGCAAUGGCAGAGCGAUGGCGCCCCGAAGUGCAUACCUUCCACUUUCCCGAGGGGGAAAUGGCGAUCACCCACAGAGAUGUUGCCCUACUCACCGGGUUGCCAGUCACUGGAGAGGCCAUCAUCGACAACUCAAGUAAACCCGAAGGUGAUUGGGGGUUGUUGAUUCUCGAGCAUUUGGGGUUCAACAUGCCGACCACAACGCCUGUUCAAGGGGUUGGGCAUCCACCGCUCAAUAAGGGGCAAGUUUCAAUCCUGUGGCUUGUUGAACACAUCCAACAGGAAGUGAAUUUAGGGCCAGACACCCCCGAAGAUCAGGUGGAGCGAUAUGCACGCGUCUACCUCAUUGGAUUGGUUGGUGGAUUUUUGUUCCCCGACAAGUCAAACCGGUGGAUUCAAGGCAUGUGGUUGUCGUUGCUCCUCGGUGAUUGGGACGAGAUCGGGGGAAAGAGUUGGGGGUCGGCCGUAUUGGUUGGGAUCUACCGAGAGUUGUGCACUUGCUCAAGGUUGGGAGCGAAACAAGCUAGAGGUGCGAUGUUUAUACUCCAACUCUGGGCAUGGGAGCAUCUUCCAAUGCUCGCUCCCCGAGAUCCGCGGGAAUUUUGGGGUCCAGAUGAGGAGCUACGCUUUCUAGCAAAUCCCCCCUAUGGUGUCAAGUACUUUUUCUUAAUAAGGUGGAUCGGAGCAAAUACAAACGACCACCAGCCCGAGCACUCCUUACUGUUUUAUCGUGCUGGGUUUGAUAAGCCUUGGUGGAACCAGGUGACAUGGGAUCCAUAUCCACCUCAAGUUGUCGAGAUUCAUCGUCUUAGACACCCCCAGGAUGUAGAGACGUGGUUGUGCAAGGUACCCUUGAUCUGUUGGCACAUGGUGGAGUGGCACCUGCCGGAUCGAGCAUUGAGGCAGUAUCGGAUGGAGCAACCAAUUCCAGCAUCCCCACCUCAAGGGUUCAAAGAGCUCCAUGCCAUCGUCCUACGACACAAAUCAAAGAAUUGGAUCCGCAAACAUGAAUUCUACAUCAACAUUUGGGAGAAUAGAACGACUUGGGCUGUCUAAGGUUUACCGGAGACGAGGCCAAUGGGGUACCACGAUGGAUACAUGGUGUGAUAUCGGAAAUUCACACUUAGAUGGGUGUCAAAGAAAGGUGAUGUGUGGGGAGCGGUGGUAAGUGUUUCUAAUUCUUAAUCUUCGUCAUAUUCUUAUGCUUUUGUCCAUAGAUUACAUGCUUAGAUUUGAGUCAUGGCAAUUAACUUGAUUAGAUUAAUUUAUUGCAUUUUCUAAUUAUUUGUAUUAGGUUGAUGGCUUGGAACAUGCCAAGCACACCGUCGAGAGUGCAGCUACCAUGGACGAGCGGAAAACAUCUUUCCUAUGAAGGCUUUUCAACAACCUGCUCAGCAGUACGCGAGAGCAAAGGAGGGAUGUCAUCGUAUACCCUCCGGUGCCUGCUCCGCCUCGACCUUCUUUCCGUGAUGAUGAGCCCAUUGGGCCCCCAGCCGAGCCCCCACGGAGGAGUAAGAAAAGAGCCCAGCCAAACAUUGAAAAACUUUCUCCGACUCAGCAAACACAACUGCCUGGUCCAUGGCCAGAUCAUGAGUGGUCAACUACAAUGGAAGGCGCUCCAGGAUCGUCAAGUUAUUCCCCGCAACAGGAAUAUGACAUGUUUCCUCAAGGGUUCCCUCAUUUCCACCAUCAGCAACAGACCUCGAUUUUUCAGACAACUUCUUCGUACACAACUCCGCCAGCACUCAUGUUUGGAACCGGUAAGUAAUUUGACCAACUCUCCUUUGCCCAUCCAUACAAGUCCUUUCUGCACAAAUGUCAUGUAGUUCUUGCCACGUGAAUCUCGACUCAAUUUUUAGCAUAGUGGAUUCGCCAUUUUCAUAGUCGAUCCCAAAGUCCGAGUUUGUCACCCGACCAUUCCACCGAAUAAUAAGCUGAAACUUCUUAAAUUCACCCAUGUUUGCAAAUUACAAUAAGUAACUAUUAGCUUAACUCGAAUAAGAUUACUAUAGUAUAAUUAGUACAUUAGGAAUACAAAAAUAAUAUCAUCCAAACCCAUUAACAACUGCAAAUAACUGAUCUAUCAUGAGAAAACUAUCCAAAUUCAUCCAAAUUCAUAACUAACUAACUAACAUCAAUCAUACCAUAAUUCAUCUAAAUAUCUCUAACAUAACAUAUUUGCCAAUAACAUAAAUUCAAUAAAUACAGACAUAUAAUUACUAAUACAUCAACAUGUAAACAAUACAUAAUUAUAACAUACCGAAUCCCGAUGAGUUUCUUGUUGCUGUAAGCCAACUGAGAAAAGGACCAAAAAAGCACUAAUUUCGUACUGAAUUGCUGUAAGGCAGCAGGAGAAAUCUGAGGGGUGGGUUUUUAUAGGAAUUUUUGGGGCCUAAUCACCGCGCUUGUCAAUAGCAGUGAACCAUCACCGCUUUUGGCCAAGACGCUGAAUGCUAGGUCGCUGUUACCUAACUUCCAACCUACCAGGGUUGUAAAACGUGGGAAAAAAUCCCCGUUUUGGACGACAGCGAUGAAGGGUUCCCCGUUUUGGACGACAGCGGUGAAGGUUCACCGUUUUGCCCAAACUGCUGUAUUUUGGGAAAUAUUUUCAUAAGUACUGUAUUUUGGGAAUUUUUUUUACUAACUAGUUGAUAGAACAAUAAUUACACAUGUUUCUA